UUCCGGGGGCGGGGCCAAGUGGCGAGUGGGCGUGGCCUCACGCCAGAACUCUCUAGUCCAGACGCUCAGUGCACUGCGGAGAGGAGAACCGCACAACCGGAGGAGAUGUCUGCUCCCCCCACUCAGCUGGGGUCGCUCGCAUCCACGUCACGGCGCGGUCACGACACAUCUUCCAGUUGCCGCCGUGUCCAUUAGCGCUCCAAUGUGUUGGUGAAAUCCUUCCCCCCCUCCCUCCUCUUCCGUCCCGUCGCCAGCAUGGACAAGACGCCGUGUGGUCCACAUCCCGGGACCAACUCUUCCGCUUCGGACGGAGCCAACUCGUCGUCGAGGAAGCCCGGGAGGACAGGGUCGCAAAGCCCAGCCCAGUGCGGUCCCGCCGGAGCCGGAGGCGGACGGGGGGCUUCGCAGCAGCAGCUUCACGGUCGCAGGCGACAGCUGGAAGGAGUUCUCAGCAAAUACACCAACCUCAUCCAAGGCUGGCAGAACAGGUACUUUGUAUUAGACCCAGAUUUGGGACUGCUGCUCUAUUUUGUCAAUGAGCAAGGAAGGAGUCAGAAGCCGCGAGGAUCCCUCCCCUUAAUUGGUGCCACAGUGACGGUCGGUGACGAGGCGCCGCACAUGUUCAUCGUCAGCUCAGUCAAUGGAGAGCUGUACAAACUCAGAGCCUCUGAUGCCAAAGAGCAGCGGUUUUGGAUCAAUCAACUUCAAGCGUGUGCCCGGCGACAUUCUGACUGCAGUGCUAAGGUGAGGAAGCUGAAGGGCUCAGAAGAACACCUGAGUGUAGAAGAAGCAGGAGGAGGACAAGAUGUUCUGGGGUCAUCCUGUGGCCGCAACCGUAGCUUCUCCCUCCUCCCCCACCUAAAUCCGUCUUCAUCGCCGGCUUCUCAGAGGCAGCUCGGCCAUACUUCCUCGCCCAGCAACAUUGUGACGAUAACGCACCACAAGUCUCCAGCUGCAGCACGGCGGGCCAAGAAUCAGUGCCCGGGACAGCUGCAUGAGGUCAAAGAGAUGAUGUCCCAAGCUGAGGGCCAGCAAAAGAACCUUGUCCAGUCCAUUGACUUGUUACCCACCAAAGGCCCCCUCUCCUGCCUAGACCAGGACCUGCUGCUGCUCAAAGCGACCUCGGCCGCCACGCUCAGCUGCCUGGGAGAAUGUCUGAACAUCCUCCAACAAACCCAGAGCCAUAGCCAGGUGGCGUCCCAGUCUCAGGCCAGUCAGCGCAACCACACCAUCCACGGAGGCCCCACCGAGGGCGAUCCUGUGUGGACAGUACUAAAGUCCCCUUCAGGGCAGCAGCUGAAAAAUGGCGGCUUGACUCCAAUGUGCUUGAUUGAGCCCUCGCCAGGCCUCAGAGAAAGAAGCCUGUCACAUGGUGCUGAGCGAGCAGCAGGCCUGGCAGACAUCGGCCCCAGCGAGGAGGUGACGGACACGGAGGACAACGAGGAGGAGGACCUGGGGGUCCUGGACGAGCAGAGGAGCGUCAUUCUCCACCUGCUCUCCCAGCUCAAACUGGGCAUGGAUCUCACACGGGUGGUGCUGCCUACUUUUAUUCUGGAGAGGCGCUCGCUGCUGGAGAUGUACGCCAACUUCAUGGCCCACCCAGACUUGUUCUUGUCCAUCACAGCCGGCGCCACGGCCGAGGACCGCAUCAUCCGCUUUGUGGAGUACUACUUGACCUCCUUCCACGAAGGCCGCAAGGGGGCCGUGGCCAAGAAGCCCUACAACCCCGUGCUGGGGGAGACCUUCCACUGCUCCUGGGAUGUCCCUCACGACAAAGUCAAGGCCAAUCAGGGGUCCGCCCGGGAGCCGGGCAGGGGCCCCAACAACGCGCAACAGGGCGACGACCCACCGGGAGGCUGCUACAGAGUCCGCUUCGUGGGCGAGCAGGUGUCCCAUCAUCCGCCCGUCUCUGCGUUUUACUGCGAGUGCUGGGAGAGGAGGGUGUGUGUCAGCGCCCACGUGUGGACCAAGAGCAAGUUCAUGGGCAUGUCUAUUGGAGUGUCCAUGGUUGGAGAAGGCGUGUUGUCUCUCUUGGAGCAUGAGGAGGAGUACGUCUUCUCGCUGCCGUCCGCCUACGCCCGCUCCAUCCUGACCGUGCCCUGGGUGGAGCUGGGCGGCAAAGUCUGCAUCAACUGUGCCAAGAGCGGAUACUCGGCCACGGUCACCUUCCACACGAAACCUUUCUACGGCGGCAAAGUACACAGAGUGACAGCAGAAGUGAAACACAACCUGACCAACACCACGGUGUGCAAAGCUCAGGGCGAGUGGAACGGUACGUUGGAGUUCACCUACAGCAGCGGCGAGACCAAAGUCAUCGACACCACCAAACUGGCCGUCACCAAGAAGAAGAUGCGACCGCUGGAGCAACAAGGACGCACAGAGUCCAGGCGCUUGUGGAGACAUGUGACCAAGUCUCUGAAAGAUGGCAACAUGGACGAGGCCACAGAACACAAACAUGGACUGGAGGAGCAGCAGAGACAGGAAGAGAGACAGAGGGCGGCUGAAAACAAAGCUUGGACACCCAAGUUUUUCACUAAGGAGGGAGAUGGUUGGAGCUACAACAAAGCUCUGUGGAAGCAAACCUGACACAACCACUUUUCUUCUCAUGGACAAGAAAAGGACAUUUCCGGUAAACUGGAGCUGUAGACUGGUGUUGUCGCUAUGGUGACCAGCAGGAAACAAGCAAUGGUGCCAAAGGGACUGUCCACUCCUAACAAAAGGAAGACUUUGGAGCUUCUGGGACAAAAAUCUUUUCUAUAAUGUUGAUAUUAGAUUGUAUUAGAGUCUUUCUAUUUUUCACUUUCUGUGCCAAGGCCUUUUUGCACACAUCAAGUCUGUCACUUUUUACAUCUUAUCAGAAAAAACACCAAAUGUGUAACUCUUACUUCAGUCGUUGAUAAAGCACUUUGACCACAGGAAUAGAUGGUAAGUUCAUGUCUUUCAAUCAGGGUGAUCAACUAUUAUAAGAUCACUGCCUAUUACAAACAUCAGCACUAGUAAACUGUACACAUCAAAUAUAAUUCAUUCUUAACAAAGGUCCUGACUGUGUGCACUUUGAAUGUAUUAUAUACACAUUAAACUGUGUGUGCUUUUUUUUUGUCUAGUUUUAAAGCAGAUAAAAUAACUACAUUAUUUUAAAUAUGCAAAUGUUAUAACUGUCAAUUUAGUGGUGUCCAAACAAAGCAUUCAUAUUCACAACCAGGCCAUUUGGAAAUUAAAGAUGCUAAACUUCAUCCAAUGUGGACCCAUACAUUUUAAGCUAGCUGAACAAAACUUAUUCUGAAGUUGUCAUUAAGGCACUUUACUUUUUUUUUUUAGAACUAUGCCAACCAUUAGGUAUUAUCUGCAGAAAUCAGGUCAAACUGUGUCAUUUAAAUUAAAGUAACCCUUAGGAGGCCACACUCUGAAAGAUCAAAAGAUGCCCUAUUCAUUUUGAUCAUUUUUUGGACAAUAUUUACUGUACAAUAAGUUGCUUUUCACCUCUUUGCUUAUCCAAAGGUGCGGCUACUUUAUGGGACGGUUCAGGCAAAAAAAUGUAUGUACUAAAUGAUCCACUAAGAAAUUGUUCAAACUCAGUGAUUACAAAGUACAAGGACUUAGAAUCCUGACAUUUGUCUCAAAGAAUGAAUAAAGACAAUUACUUUUCCA